AUGGCGAGGAAUGAUUUGGAUGUUUGGAUCACGGGUUACGCUUGCUACGCUCGGGCAUAUAAACCGACAACAGCAGGCAAAACAGCAAAGGAGCAUGAGAUGCGCAGCGUACAGCAGAAGCAGAGCAAGAGGUGGGCAUUGGUUUUGGCGGGCGCGGUCGUUUUCGGCGGGCUCGCCUGUACCUCCUCGACGACAGGCAAUUUGGGGAACCUCGAGUUCUACUACACCGCCGAUGACGAGAUCGGGAACUUCAACAAGCCGAUCGCUGUGGGCGCCAAGCUCGAGGUCUUUGUCCAGGAUGCUGGCGAUGGGAGCGAUCGUCAGGCGACGCUUCAAAACGCCACCACCGACGAUGAGGGCAUCGCGCGCGUCGCGUCCUUUAGCGGCAACAGCAUGAUCAUCGAGGGCGUCUCCGAGGGGAGCUUCGAGAUCAACGUCGAGGCCACCGUCGCGCGCACUGGCGAGACCGAGGAGGACGCCGUCAACAUGCUCGUGCGCGUGCCCGAGGUGCUUAUCCUGAGCCACACGUGCGAGGCGCAUGGCAACAACAGCGCUUAUUACCUGGCUGGCGAUGAGGUCUACAUCCCCUUCGAUAUGGAGCUCGAGGAUGGCCAGGAUGUCAUCGGCUACGGGUACUAUCCCGUGGAGCUCGACUCGACGCUCGCGACGCUCGUCGAGGGGCAGAAAGGGCAGGCGACCAUCCGCUACAAGCUCGGCGAGGAGACCGGGGAGGUGACGCUCACCUCGACCAUCGAUGACACCACCGCGAGCAUCAAGAUCGCUACCGAGGAUCAGAUCGGCGGCGUGCGCCUCGAUAACCCCGAAGACGAGAUCUCGCUCGGCCAGACCGAGCUGGUCUUUGUCAACCCGCUCAUCGAGGACGAGGAGGUGUGUCAAUCGAACGCAGAAAUCACCGCGACCUCCACCACCCCCGAGAUUUGCGACGUCAAGCCAGGAUUCCCCGAGUUCGGCCAGGACAACAUGGACGUCCCCGAGCUCACCGAGACGGGCUCGACUGGUUGGGUCGAGAUCUCAGGAAAGGCUGAAGGGGAUUGCUCCUUCGACGUCACCUACCCCAAGGGCAAUGGCGGCGAGGGCGUGACCGCCUCGUUCACGCUCCCCGUCAAAGGAAUGAUCCUACUCGAAGAAGAUGGACUGAUCCUGGUGAACAAGCCCGCGGGGAUGCCGACCGCGGGGGAUUUCCUCGAGCAACCAGGGAGCCUGCAGUUCGAGCUGAUGCAGCAAUACAGGCGUAUGAUCUGGGCCGUGCAUCAGCUCGACAAGGAGACCUCCGGGCUCAACGUCUUCGUGCGCAGGAAGGCGCUGGUGCAAGCCUGGACCGAGCGCAUGAAGGAUGGGCAAAAGGAGUAUCUGGCGAUCUGCCACGGCGUGCCUGAUGCGUCAUCGCUCUGGGUGGACGAGCCGACGGACUGGAUACCCGAGCGCAAGCGCCGUGGCGUCGUCGCUGAUGGGAAGCCCUCGCGCACCGAGUUCAGGGUGCUCGAUGAGAGCGGUGAUUUUGCGCUGCUCGCGGCGAAGUUGCACACCGGACGCACGCAUCAGAUCCGCGUGCACCUCGAACACAUCGGCCAUCCGCUCGUCGGAGAGCAGCGCUACAGGGAGCCUCCCUGCGCGCUCGCGCCCCGUCAGAUGCUCCAUGCCUGGAGGCUCGAGAUCGAAGGCCACGAGGUGCCCGAUGCGCCGCUCCCCGAAGAUUUCGCGCAGGUGCUAGGUAAACUCGGGCUGACCUUCUCGGAAUAG